GUUGUAGCUGUGAAGCAGACUACUCAAAAGACUUGGGAAUGUACAGAAGAGGGAUCUUCUCUGGCAACUAAUGGUUCUCAUGAAGCAAGACUGUUUAAUUCUCUAACAUCGGAAGGAUGUCCUAUUGCAGAUAUCAAAGUAAAUUUUCCAAAUGCAAAUAUUGCAUUAGGGGCAGCAAUGAAAAAUAAGUGGGUGAAGAAAGAAGGAGAAAAGAUAGUACCUGUGGUUUCCAGUAUAAACGAUGAAGUUCAAAUACAUCUCCAGGCUAUUAUGUCUGGAUCGGCUGAUAAUGUUCCAGAUAAAAUAAAGGUUGACUACAAAAAGAGAAAACUUAUUAAAGAAGUUGAUCUUACAGUAUUUGAGGUCACCAAGGGUAGUGACUUCACCACUUCUGUGUCUAAGCAGGAAGCUGAACUCACUAAGGAUAUGAUAGAGAGUGGACAAUGGAAGAGCAAAUCAUUCAAGCCUUUCAACUUCAAAGCAAAGGGCCGUCUUGAACAGCGCUCUGGACACUUACAUCCCCUGAUGCAACUAAGAUCCGAAUUCCGACAAAUUUUCUUAGAAAUGGGUUUCACCGAGAUGCCCACAAACAAUUUUGUUGAGAGCGCCUUUUGGAAUUUCGAUGCCCUCUUCCAGCCCCAGCAACACCCUGCAAGGGAUGCUCAUGACACAUUUUAUGUGGCUGAACCUGAAAAGACCCUAAGUGUUCCUGAAGACUACUUGCAAAGGGUUAAGAAGACUCAUAGUACAGGUGGUUAUGGUUCACUUGGCUAUCAGUAUGAGUGGAGUAGAGAUGAGGCUCACAAGAAUCUGCUUCGUACUCAUACAACUGCUGUCAGUGCUCGCAUGCUGUAUAAGCUAGCUCAGGAAGGGUUCCGGCCUGUCAAGUAUUUCUCCAUUGAUCGAGUCUUCCGAAAUGAGACCUUAGAUGCAACACAUCUUGCUGAAUUCCAACAGAUUGAGGGAGUUGUUGCUGAUUAUAAUCUUAGUGUCAAGCAUCUCAUGGGAAUUAUCAAGGGAUUCUUUGAGAAGAUUGGAAUCACAAAGUUGCGUUUCAAGCCUGCCUAUAACCCAUAUACAGAGCCAUCUAUGGAGAUCUUCAGUUACCAUGAAGGCCUAAAGAAGUGGGUGGAAAUAGGUAACUCAGGCAUGUUCCGACCAGAGAUGCUUCGACCAAUGGGAGUUCCAGAGAAUGUUUCUGUUGCUGCUUGGGGACUAUCUCUAGAAAGACCAGCAAUGAUUAUGUAUGGAAUCAACAAUAUCCGCGAGUUGGUUGGUUCCCGAGUGAAAAUGGAGCUCAUCCUUGAUAAUCCAGUCUGCACAAUUGACAAGUUUAAAGGCCAGAGCCAGAAAGCAGCAAAUGGAGCUCCAACUGUAGAAUCCUUGACCAAGAGACAAGAGCUAAUUUUAGACAGGCUGUCAGCCUUGCAGUCCAAAGUUGCCAGUAUUGCUGCCAAAAUGGGUGUCACUCUGGUAGAAUCUGCUGCAUCCAUCAACACACAGCUCACUGGUGGAGUGAAAGCAGGAGUUGUUCAUGAUGUUGUUAUUUAUGCUGAUCCCCGACGACCACCAUAUAGCCUUAGGAUCCUAGCAAAUGCCUUAUCUUCCAACUUCUCUGUCUGCUUACGGGUACAUUGCCACUCCUCAGUUAAGGAAGUGUCAGAAAAGUUGCAGCAGUUCUGGGGUUCAAGUGGUGCAACUGAACGAUCUCAAAGUCAGAUAUGUUUGACACUUGUGUGGAGACAAGAUGGAGACACACCCACAGCCCUAAUGCCAUCCCUGUCAGUGUCACCACUGGCACCCAACCAG